UACAGAGGGUGCAUUCCCCUUUAAAUCCCCGCUAAGAGCAGUGGAGAGGAGAUCUUCAGACAACAGAGGACAGUCAGCCUCAGCAGCUCCGAGUAGCGAUGGACUGAUACGCCAAACCUUUGGAAGCGAUGAUCAGACUUGUUUGUCAUGGAAAUGGACAUGAUGCCAAAAUUCUCCUCGAAGGAUGAGGAAAUUGAUUUCUGGAAGGCCCUUUCCCUCAAGUACAAGAAAGGCUGCGAGGAGUCUCAGGAGGAGCUGCUGGAGUUUCAGGAGGGGAGCAGGGAACUAGAGGCUGAGCUAGAGGCUCAGCUGGGGCAGGCCGAGCACCGCAUCAAAGACCUGCAGUCUGAGAACCAAAGACUAAAAAAUGAUGUGGAAACGCUGAAGGAGAGGUUGGAGCAGCAGUAUUCCCAGAGCUUCAAGCAGAUCUCAGUGCUGGAGGAUGACCUCGGCCAAACGCGCAGCAUCAAAGAGCAGCUUCACAAAUAUGUCCGAGAGCUUGAGCAGUCCAAUGACGACCUGGAGAGAGCCAAAAGAGCCACCAUUGUUUCUCUGGAGAACUUUGAGCAGCGUCUGAACCAGGCCAUCGAGAGAAACGCCUUCCUGGAAAGCGAGCUGGAUGAGAAGGAGUCACUUCUGGUCUCGGUGCAAAGAUUAAAGGAUGAAGCCCGAGAUUUGCGACAGGAGCUGGCUGUGCGAGAGAGGCAGUCAGACCUGAGCCGGAUGUCCGCUCCGAGUUCCCCUACGCAGGACAAUGUCAAGAUGGACUCUGCUGUGCAAGCAUCCUUCUCCCUCCCUGCUACCCCUCUGAGCAAAAGUCUGGACAAUGCCUUUGCCAAUCCAACAGUGCUGUCCAAUGGCUACGGCAGCAACUCUCCGCUGACUCCCUCAGCACGAAUAUCAGCACUAAACAUUGUCAGUGAUUUACUCCGGAAAGUCGGGGCUCUGGAGUCAAAGCUCGCUGCCUGCAGGAACUUUGCCAAGGACAAGAAAGCCAGGAAGGUGUACUCUCUGGACAACAGCAACGCGCUGAACGCAAACACAACCAGCUACGUUCAAGGACUCAGUACGUCGUUGUAUGACAAAACCAGGAAUGUGAACAUGUUUGAACCUGGGACUCUGACAGCCAUCACCUCUGCUCCUGCAGCUUCCUCGCCUAAUUUGGUACGCCUGGCUGUGUAAUUUGGAUGUAACAUCCCUGCUGCAACACAGGAGCAAACAUUGAACACUCAGUUGUACCUUCUCCCUUUGCUCCCUCUUUGUUGUUAUAAUGCUGUCUGUUGCUCUGACUUGACUCCUGUGCUUUGUAACCACUGUAAUGGUGGCACCAUGUGUGAGUAUUGGAUGUUUUUUGUAUCUAUCUGGCUUUGACAAAAAAAAAAUAGGGACCUUUCUUCACCCCUGAAUUGGGUUUGUUGAGUGCAUCAUGUCAAGAAUGGAAACUAUUAUGCAAAUGUUAGAUUUUUGAUUACACAAUAAGGAAUAAUACUUUUCUCACUUGUAAGCAAACUUUUUCACAGUUUUACUUAGCAAUAAUAUCAGUUAAACUUUCACACCUACAUUGGCCGUGUCGUUGAAUUACGGAUCUUUAAAUUGUCCAACAUGUGAGUUUUAACAAUGUUUAAAACAUUUUCUUUUUUGCUGGUUAAAGCAUGUCUCGUAUAUUUGCCGAACUUGUAACUAGUGAGUCUUUGUAGCGAGUUUAAUGUAACAUUAAACUAUGUGACAUAAAGUGUACAGUAUUGGUCAUAUUGAUCUGCAUUAACAGUUGGGCAAUGAAAAGAAGUGUUCAGAUAUGUUGAAGGGAUGGUUUAUAUUUUCUUCCAGUGGUUUCUUGGGAUAUUAUGAGCCGUCAGUAUCUUACCUUCAGAAGAUUAAGUAAAGGCGAAACUUGUUACUUGUUAACCCAAAAUAACUGUUGACAAUAGUUAUUGUGAAAAGGUCCAUGGCUAUUUAUGCUGAAGACUGUUGCUUUGUGGUGUGUCAUGAUAUUUUUAUAUUAAAUGUGUUUGAACAGUACACUGGACCUUUUUGAGGAAAAACAAUCUGUUUAUUUAAACGUGUGCAUCUAAAAAUCUCAACUAUCUGUUUCUUUUCUGUAUUGUUAACUAUUUUACCUUUUAUAAAUUAUUACACAACUUAUUUCUAGGCCUUAAAUUGUUGUUAAAUAGAAGUCUUUGUUUGUCAAUGUCACUUUUUUGCAAUAGGUUUUUUGCUGUUUGUGAGUUUAAUUUAUCUGUUUUUUUGGCUGCAUGUACCAAUAAAAGAUGUAUUUAUUAUCACAAA